AUGGCAGCUCUUGUUCAAACACUACCCCAGCAAACUACUUCAGUCACCAUGCUCCAGACCAGGCCCACAUCGGCAUCUGGGGCCUUCCAGACAAAUUCUUCACAAACUACAGGAUCUCGAUCAGCUUCAGGCUCUCGAGGAACAUACAAUGGAUCGGCUGGGAGUGGACCGGCUGGACCAUAUCGAGCAUCGCUCUCUCCCGUUGCGCCCUACGCCUUUACUAGCACUCCAAAUUUAUCUAGCACAGCCUCAUGGCAGAAUAAGUCUACCCCUCAUCUUCGACCCGAACACCGGACCUUGUCGGCUCCGGUAAAUCCAAACGGUCAGCUGUCCUCGUCUAGCUCUUCUUCUGGAUCAAGCAGAAAUGCCGGUUCUUCGACGAGCGCUACGUCGUUCUCUUCAGACUCUUCUUUGGGUCAGAAACGUAUGGCCAAAGACGACACGUCGGUUCCGUCUGGUCAGAAGUCAACGGGUAAACAAUUCUUGGACGUCAAUAUUUCAAGUCCUUCGUUGGAAGUGCCCUCGGUCAGCCAAACUGCAAAACCCUCUCCUGACCGUUAUCGCCGAAACCAUCGUCGAGCGGAGACCAAUGUACCCAUCUCAUCUUACUCGCAGCAGCAGCAGGGAGGAACCUUGCCUUCGGGUUCCGGCAUGACUUAUGUCGGUCAUUUGUACAAUCAUGCCGCCCAACCUAGCGGCUCCCCUGUUCUCCAAUCUCAUGCCUCGUUUCAAAAUGCCCCUUCGAUUGCUGGUAUGCCAAACUUUGUCGCAAACUACACACCACAGCCACGAAUGGCCAGUGCUGACGACAUGCUCUUGUAUCGCCGGCCCACGCUCGAGCAUGCUAAGCAGUACAGUCGACGGAGCAUCAGUAGCUUCAGCAGUGGAGAUUUAGCCACCCUUUCUAGCGACAUUCGAACAGCCUCAAGGCCACUCAAAUCUAGAGACAGCAGAAGUAUGGGCCCUCCAUCUCCUGGACAGCGAGAACUUCGAGCCGCGCAGGCUAAGAGCCCGCGCGGCGGCUCGCAUAGUAGAAAUGGAAGCUCCGAGAGCGUACAAUCGCACCGGAGCGAAACUCGUCCUUCAUCCGUAAAAAGAGACGCUAGUCUUGCAGCCUCUGCCUCUAAGCAGGACCCGAAGCAUAUCAAUAUUCCGGCUCGCGGGACCUCGGAGGGAAAACGUCCAAAUCAGCCGUCUUCGCUCUCGAAGCCUACUUCCAUGGGGACAAAUGCUUCCACAAAACAGCCUCUGUCCUCUGGCAGCAAUUCCAAGGCAGCGGCUCCCGAAUCAAGCUCAACUGGUGUGACAAACACACCCGUGGCCGAUAGCAAGGCCGUUUCACCACAGCAUGCUUCUCCUGAAAGGGACGGUAAGAAGGGUGUCAAGUCACGUCUGAGGCGGGCCUUUUCCUUUGGGAGCGCUGCAGAGCUUCGGCGUGCCUCUGCGGAGAACAACAUCUAUGCUGCUGCUCAGACAAAUCAGCAGAAUCGCCCUUUUCUUUCUGAGCAUGAAGCAGAGCAGGCUCGGAAGCAAGAGGCGGCCGGAAUCGGUGAGGGGAUCUAUUCUGGUCAAGGAAACAUUUUUACCGGCUCGACAGAUAAUCUCUCCAUUUCGUCGACGGCGUCCUCUGCUUCAGUAAUGAUUCGGAAGAUGGGCAAAGGGAUGAAAAGGUCUACGCGCUCCUUGGCUGGGCUAUUCCGGCCUAAAUCGGUGAUUGGCGUUCCAUCGGCCGACUCUGCCAUGCCAGCAGCAAGCGUGGGCGAAGUUUCCAUGGUCACAGUUGAAGCGGAACGAGAAAAGGUCAAUGUAAACGCGAAGGCGAAUGAACAGAUGCGAGGCGGCACCGGCUUUCCGAAGCUUGAGCGCAAUUCGCUGGAUGCUGUCCGCCGUAGCAUAGACCUUCCUCGUGAUGGCGAAGGUAGUACAAAUGAACUUGGCCGGAAACGGAUGAGCAUUGCAGGUGGUGAUAAGGAAAGGGCCGAGGUUUUGGCGGCAGUAAAGAAGGGAAUCUUGAAGCGGACCGGAACCGAUUCUGGCAGCUCUUCUCCAACGGCGAAGACUUAUGAUGGAAAAGCCCUUGAAUUGAAUCUUCCCAACAUUCCACAGGCCAAUGGCACCCCGGGAUCAACGGCGCCCAGCACUCCCGCCGAUGAUCAGCCACCACGUUCUGCUCAUCGUCGCACCGAGUCUGUUGGAUUUGAGGGCGAUGACUAUUUUACCGCCCUUGCCAAUUUCUCUAUGAAUGGAGCCAAGAGCGCGCCCGUUACCCCGCAGAGCAUGUCUCGAAACAUUUCUUUCAGCCCACGAAUCCAGUUUCAUGACACCUGGCCUAGCGGAGAAUAUGACCGCAGGGGCGACAUUGCGACUUGCAAUCGUUUGACGCCUAUGCUAGCUCAACAAAUUAAGGAGGAACUCAACACCUUCAAAAUGGAGAUGGAAGUUCACGAGCAGUCCAAAGUCUACACACACUUCUUUUAA